UUCACUCCAAAAAAAUCGUGAGUUUAAGUUUGGUCAGUAUAGAAGCGAAGAAAUUGUACUUAUUACACCACCCUCAUAACGGCAACAUGCUCUUCCAAUGGGAUUUAAAUCUUUUUGUCAUUGGUGCCCUUCUAACUCUGGGAGCAGCUGAUGAUAUUCGAGUUGAAUUCCAAUUGCUAGACUUCACUAACAAGGCCCGCGCUCUAACCGACGGAACUUCAAAAUGCCCAGUCAAGUCGUUCUGCACAAAAGGGGAACCAACAUGCAACAUUCGGUUAUCCCGCGCAGUGGACAAAAGACUGUGCCCCGAAUCCUCCGACCAAUGCUUUAGUUCCCCGAUUACCGAUCCAAAAUUUAUGGAAUGGCGGUUUGUUUUUUACAAAGGUUGCUCGGAUCAAGCGCUUGUUAAUCGCACUCUAUCUUUGGAUAACUGUAACAAAAAAUUUCAGGAAACGAAAUUGCAGCUGAAAGUAAUCCAUCAAGAGAAGUUUAAUUCGGCCGAAGACAAGGAUAUGCAGAUUUUUGACUGUCUGACUUCCGGCAACGCCGCUGAUGUGGCUUCAAACAAACGUGCUGCCAAAUGGUCGCAGACCAAACAGUGUGCUCAAAAGUAUAACAAACCGGAGAAUGCAAAAUUGUCGUAUCAGUGGCGAGCGUACAAAAUUCCCAAAGAGCAAUGUGGAGCCGAACCAAAAGAGGCCCCUUUCCUAAUCUAAAAACUCGAGCUCAUGCAAUGUGCUGCGAUGCUUGAAAUUUAAAUGAAAGAUACUAAUUUAACAAUCCCUCGUACUUUGAAUUGCAUGCAGUUCCUUAGCUGCAUACGUUCUAAUAUUCCAUGUGCAUUUCCAGACCUGAAACUUGAAACUUGAAAGUAACCGGCAACUUGAAACUUGAAAGUAACCGGCAAGGAAUUGUCUAUGUUAGGAAAAAAUCCGCUUUGGGCUAAUACGAUAUGACAGCAUCUUCAGACUGUAUUAGACGUA